AUGUCAUACUUUGAGCCAGUAUUCGACUUUGAAGAACGAUGGAGUUAUGUGCAGAAGCGCAUCAAGAAGCUCCAGGAUAAUCUAGAAGGCUUGCAUGAUACUCACCUUACUUCCGAGGAUAACAUAAUGCUAUACACAAAUAUCUACAAUAUGUGCGUGGCAAAGGGUGGCUAUCACGUGUAUGAAAAGUACAAGAAAGUGAUUCAUGAGUACAUCUCAUCAACGGUUUUGCCGUCUUUGCAAGAAAAGGAAGAUGAAGUGUUGUUAAGAGAAUUGCUUAGAAGAUGGUCAAACCAUAAAACUAUGACCAUUCGUCUCUCAAAGUUUUUUCUGUCUCUUGAAUCAUUUUAUCUCUCAGGUCGUCGUAAUGUUCCUUCUCUUCAACAAACUGGCUUCUUAUCCUUCUAUAACUUGGUUUGUCAUGAGAAUCCUUUGAAUAGACAAGUAAUGGAAGCAACAUUAGCAAUGAUUGAUCGGAAACUUGUUGGAGAGACUAUUGAUGAAACGUUGGUCAAGAACAUAUUGGAAUUCUAUUUAGAGAUUGGAGAAAGAGCAAAUAAAGAAGAACCGAAACAAUUUGCAGAAACAAUGAUGAUGAAAGCUAAUGAAACAUAUAUGUCGAAGCUUAAGAUUAGAUAA